AUGAGCAAGUAUAUCGCGGGGAUCCUCCUCCUAACAAUCUCCGGUUUCUGCAGAGGGGAACAGCAGCUGCGAGGCUGGCUGCCCGAGUUCUGUGUUUUCGGGGAGCAAACGUGUCCCAAUUCGCGGAUUUCCUUUUGGCUCUACACCAACCAAACCCGCGAUAAUCCCGUUCAGUUGGACCCCCUCAACCUCAGCAAGAAUGCAUUCCAACCCGCCCUGCCACUGAAAAUACUCAUCCAUGGGUUCAUAGGAAACAGGAACCUGACGCCCAAUCUGGAGGUGAGGGAUGUGCUGCUCCAGCACCAGCCUGUGAACGUGAUAUCCGUGGACUACGAGACGUUGGUCCGCUGGCCGUGCUACUUCCCUUGGGCGGUGACCAAUGCCCCGAUCGUCUCCGAGUGCCUCGGCCAGAUGAUAAACAACUUGGUGUCCUCUGGCAUCAGCAGGCGGGAGGACAUCCACCUGAUCGGCUUCAGCUUGGGCGCCCAGGUGGCCGGGAUGGUGGCCAACUAUGUGAGCCAGCCCCUGGCCAGGAUCACCGGUCUGGAUCCCGCGGGUCCUGGCUUCAUGAUGCAGAGUUCGCUGCAGCAGAAACUGGAUGCCAGCGACGCGGACUUCGUGGACAUCAUCCACACCGAUCCGUUCUUCUUCUCCAUGCUGCCGCCGAUGGGUCACGCGGACUUCUAUCCCAACCUCGACCAGCUGAACCAGCGGGGCUGCAGCUACAUCAGCAACUGGAGGUUCUACAACUGCAAUCACUACAGGGCUGCCGUCUACUACGGAGAGUCCAUAACUUCGAGCAGGGGCUUUUGGGCUCAGCAGUGCGGCGGUUGGUUCGACUUCUUCUCGCAGCGCUGCAGCUUCUACUCCAACAUGCCCAACUCCCAAAUGGGUUACUUUGUUUCGGAGGAUGCCUCUGGCUCGUACUUUCUUACCACCCACGAGGUUUCGCCCUUCGCCAAAGGACCUCUUGUAGAAGUCGAGUUCGAGAUCUCAGAACAUCGCUAG